GUGCUUUAUAUCCCUGUGUUUGUUUACACCAUAAUGACUUACCUACACCAGAUGUACCACUAAUUGAAAUGCGAACAUCCACAACUUUAUUAUGAGCUUAAGACUCUUAUUUAUAACCAAAUUAUAACAAAAGAAACCAAAGCAAAUUCAUUUUAGUAAAUUUUGUACUAAUCCAUAGGAAAAUCUGCAAAUUUAUCUAAAGUGAGUGAAAAUCACUUCCAUAGUAACUUCGAGCAGCUACAGGUUUAGCUAUAUAAGUUAGCAAUGGAUUUAGAAGUCGUCGAGUUUCCUUUACAUCACAAAUUGGCCCUUCCAUUUCGAAUUGGACUCCUGUUCAUCCUAGGUACAUGGCUUUGGUCUCUUUGCUGCCAUUAUAUUUAUUAUUUAAGCAAACAAGAAAUGGAUUUUUACAAUGGGAGAACUAGUGUACGGCAAAAUUCAUCAUUGCCAGCUGCUCUACUUGUAGAUGCUCGGAAUGACAUAGACCAAACAGCUUCCAAAAAUACACUAAUUAAGCGAAUUAAUUACGAAGCUGGAUACUGCUUCUCCACCAUUAUUUCCAUCUCGUGGUUAUUAGGCUUUUUGCUUUUCAUAUUUAACACGCGUGGGGAUGUCAAAGGUUUGUAUACACAUCCUCUAUAUCCAACCAUAUGGAUGAUUACGACUGUCGCUUUGGUGAUGAUUCCUUUUCCUUGGAGAUUUCGGCCUGUGCAACGAUCGCUUCAAAACUGUAUUAUACGAGUGUUUUUCUUGUUUCACGCAAAUUCUUACUAUCCUCAUAAAGACUUUCUUUUGUCAGAAAUGUUUACAUCUUAUGCAAAAAUGCUGGGAGAUUUCUACGUUUUUGGCUGUGUUCUAAAAGGUCAUAUAAGUAAAUACACGCUUCGACCCGACUUAAAGUGCGAUGGCACCAUUUUUGUUCCUUUAUUGAUGACCUAUCCUUUUAUCGUUGCUACACUUCAAUCAUUGCAUUACGGGAUAAGGCAUAGAAAGACUGUCUUUAAAAUAAGCUUGCUUAAUGCUCUAAAGCACGCGUUGGCAUUCCCACUUAUUUACUUAUCCGCACUUAUUCAUGCAGAACGAUCGAAACUUAAAUUAUCGUCAAGUCAUGAUUAUCUUUUUUGGACUUGGAAUAUACUCGCUUUAUUAAAUUCGGUAUAUACUUUCUGCUGGGACACUUACGUUGACUGGGGCAUAAAAUUUCCUUUCGAGAAAACCCUACCAAAACGGCGUCUUCCGUUUUUCGCCUAUUUUUUAGCUGCUCUUAUAAAUUUUAUCCUUCGUAUUACUUGGAGUUUGAAGCUUUACCCAAGGCUGUAUCAAUAUCAUGAUUAUGAAAUGGGCAUGUUUUCAUUCGAGAUGCUAGAAGUCCUUCGAAGAAAUCUUUGGUUAUUGUUUCAUUUAGAUGCAACUCUUUAAGUGAUAUCUUCCUCAAUAAAGGUGAUUAUCUGAAACAUUGGCUACACUAUUACGACUUUUAUAUUAUGAAAAGUUUACUAAAGACUUGAAUAGAACAACUAUUUUAUAUACGUUAAAUUUUUUCU